UUGGCGUAUCUGUCAGUUCAGUGUCUCCGUUGUUAUCGGUGCGUCAUCAUGUCUACCGACCCGUGCUCCUUCUCCUCCUUCACCAGGUGUGUCACCAGACACCUGAACCUGAGUCUGCACGUGGACCUGGACAGACGCGUCAUCAGGGCGACGGUGGAGCUGACGGUGGAGGCUCUGGAGGACCGAUUCUCCUCUCUGACUUUGGACACCAGGGACCUGAACAUCGUCUCUGUGAAAGCCAAUGGACAGGCGGCCACAUUCACCAUGGGCCCUAAACACAGCUUUAAGGGCACGCCGCUGGAAAUCAGGCUGCCCUUUGACCUCUCCAGAGGGCAGCACGUGAUCGUGGAGGUGACCUAUGAGACGUCUCCAUCUGCGACUGCGCUGCAGUGGCUCUCACCUGAGCAGACAGCGGGAAAGAAACACCCGUACCUGUUCAGCCAGUGCCAGGCUCAUCACUGCAGGAGCAUGAUUCCUUGUCAGGACACUCCAUCCAUCAAACACACCUACUACGCACAGGUGUCUGUUCCUAAGGAUCUGGUGGCUGUGAUGAGUGCGAUGAGGGAUGGAGAGGGAGUGGAUCCUAAGGACAGCACUCGCAUGGUGUACAGGUUCAGACAGCCGGUGCCCAUGCCUUCUUACCUGAUUGCCAUCGUGGUGGGAGCUCUAGAGAGCAGGGAGAUCGGGCCGCGCUCCAGAGUGUGGUCAGAGAGAGAGUAUGUGGAAAAAGCUGCAUUUGAGUUCUCAGAGACAGAGACCAUGCUGAAGACUGCAGAGGAUCUGGCUGGCCCAUAUGUUUGGGGUCAGUACGACAUCCUCGUUCUGCCUCCAUCGUUCCCCUACGGAGGGAUGGAAAACCCGUGUCUCACCUUCGCUACGCCUACACUGCUGGCUGGAGAUAAAUCUCUGUCCAAUGUGAUUGCUCACGAGAUCUCUCACAGCUGGACGGGUAACCUGGUGACCAAUAAGACGUGGGAACACUUCUGGCUGAACGAGGGUCACACGGUCUACCUGGAGAGGAUGAUCGGCAGGUCUAUGGAGGGCGAGCCCUUCAGACAGUUUAAAGCUAUGGGAGGGUGGAAGGACCUGCAGGACUCGGUGAACACCUUUGGAGCCAACAACCCUUUAACCAACCUGGUCCCCAGCCUGCAGGACGUCGACCCAGAUGAUGCCUUCUCCUCUGUGCCAUAUGAGAAAGGCUUUGCUCUGCUCUAUCACCUGGAGGAGCUGAUGGGGGGUCCAGAGGUGUUCAUGGGAUUUGUGAAGUCCUACAUCCAGCGUUUCGCUUACAGCAGCGCAACAACAGAGGAGUGGAAGAGCUACCUGUUCUCCUACUUCAAAGACAAGGUGGACGUCCUGAACCAGGUGGACUGGACGGCGUGGAUGUUCACACCUGGGAUGCCUCCUGUCCGUCCUCAGUAUGACACAUCCCUGGCUGAUGCCUGCAUCGCUCUGAGCCAAAGGUGGAUCAAGGCCACUGAGCAGAACCUGAGCGGCUUCGCUGAGUCUGACUUGAAGGCGCUGACGUCUCACCAAGUGGUCGAGUUCCUGUCCCUGCUUCUACAGGAGGAUCCUCUCCCUCUGUCCCACGUGAAGAAGAUGGAGGAAGUUUACAGUUUAAACUCCUUCAUGAACUCUGAGAUCCGCUUCAGGUGGCUGAGGUUGUGUGUCCGAUCCAAGUGGGAGGAGGCGGUUCCCCUGGCGUUGAAGAUGGCAACAGAGCAGGGCCGAAUGAAGUUCACUCGACCACUUUUCAGAGAGGUCUAUAACUUUGACAAGUAUCGUGAUGAAGCUCUUCGAGUGUUUAGAGCUCACAGAGCCCAGUUUCACCCGGUCACUGCAGGACUCGUCGCCAAGGACCUGAAGGUCGACGUCAGCACCAGCCAGUAGCCAUGAAGAAACCAGGCAGUAACUAUGGAAACCAGUCAGUUAUCUUGGAUAUCAGCCACAGUAAUCAGUCUAUAAUCAUGAAAUCAAGCCACGGGAAAUCACUUUAACCAAGAAAACUAGUCUGUAACCAAUGAAACCAGCCUCUAACCACAGAAUAUUAGUCUGAAUUGAUUAAAACAAGCCUCUGACUAUGGAAAAAUUAGUCCGUAACCAUCUAUACAAGCCUCUAACAUGAAAAAUCAGCGUAAACAUGGAAAACCAAUGAUUACAGACUAAUUUUCCAUAGUCAGAGGCUUGUUUCAAUAGUAAAAAGCCUUUAACAGCAGAAACCCAUUCUAGAACCAUUAAAACAAGCCUCUGUGUCUGUGUUCAGACUGGUUUUCAUGGUAAGAAGCUUGUUUUAAUGACUUUAGAGUGGUUUUCCAGGGUUAGAGCAUGUAACCAUAGAAACAAGCCUCUAACUAUGUAAAAUUAGUCUUUAAACCUUGGUUUUCCAUGUUAACAGACUGACUUUCAUGGUAAGAUGGUGGUUAGAGGCUUGUAACCCUUGAAACCACCAUCUUACCAUGGGAAACCAGUCUAAAGUGAGCCUGUAACUAUGGAAAAAUAGGCUUUAACCAUUGGUUUUCAGUGUUAAAAGACCUACUUUCCUUGGUUACAGGCUUGCAACCCUUGAAACAACCAUCAAACCAUGGAAAACCAAUGGUUACAGACCAAUUUUCCAUGGUUAGAGACUUUUUUUCAGUGGUAACAACCCUCUAACUAUGGAAAACCAGUCUGAAACCAUUGAAAUAACCAUCUCUCCAUGGAAAACCAGUCUAGAACUGUUAAAACAAGCCUCUAACCAUGGAAAACUAGCCUGACACCAUUAAAACAAGCCUGCAACCAGUGAAAAACCAGUUUAAAACAAGCCUCUAACUAUGGAAAUUUAGGCUUUUACCAUUGGUUUUCCAUGCUAAAAGACCUAUGGUUACAAGCUUGUAACCCUUGAAACAACCAUCUAACCAUUGGAAACCAAAGGUUACAGACUAAUUUCCAUCGUUAGAAACUUGUUUCAAUGGUUACAAGAUUCUAACCAUGAAAAACUGUCUGAAACCAUUCAAACAACCACUUACCAAGGAAACCAGUCUGUAACCAUUAAAACAACCAUUUAUCCAUGGAAAACCAGUCAAUUGCCAUGGAUAACCAGUCUGUUUUAUAGGUUUCAGACUGGUUAUCCAUGGUUAAAGGCUUCUUUUAAUGGUUGCAUGCCUUUAACCAUGGAAAACCAGUCUGAAACUAUGGAUAACCACUCUUUUUCCCUGGUAAAAGAUUGAAACCAAUGAAACAAGCCUCUAACCAUGGAAAACUAGUUGUUUUUGGGUUUUUUGGCAUCGUUAAAGGCUUGUUUCAAUGGUUACAGUUAUCUAACCAUGGAAAGCCAAUCUGACACCAUUGAAAAAAACCCAUCCUACUUCCAGUUUGACACCAUUAAAACAAGCCUCCAACCAUUGAAAACCAGUCUGAAACUGCAGAAACCAAAUGUGUUAACAAGUCUGUUACCAUGGAAACAAGCCUGUACACCCCCAUUCCCCCAAAACAGGGAAGAUGCUGUGAUGAGAAAACAGUACGUAACCACAGAAAGCAGUCACUUAAGUCUGUCUGUAACCACCGCAACAAGCCUAUAACCACAUUAUGUGCGCACACGUAUUAAAACACAAUGAAUACACCCACAGUCAAACACUUUUUCACCAUGACAACACAGUAUUAACACAGUAUAAAUAAACCCAGUAUCAGCUGAUGAUUAAUGUUUUUUACUUCCUCUUUGUUUGUAAACAUUUCCUCUCAGGGAAGAAAAUAAACAACAAAUUCAUUAAUAAAAAAACC